ACAGGGAAAGGAUUAAGUAUUUGGGACGAAUUUGUUCAUCGGACGCCAUCUCCAAUUGCUGAGCACUCGACGGGAGACAUUGCUUGCGACUCGUACCACAAGUAUCGCGAGGACGUCGCUAUACUAAAAUAUUUCGGGGCGGGAGUGUAUCGGUUCAGUUUAUCGUGGAGCAGAAUCCUCCCCACGGGACGGGUGGAUUACAUAAAUUGGGCGCGAGUCCAACAUUACAACGAUUUAAUUGAUCUCCUCAUUGCCAAUAAUAUCGAACCAAUCGCUACCCUACAUAAAUGGGACUUCCCGCAACCACUGAUGGACAUUGGUGGUUGGACGAAUGAUGAAGUGAUCUCGCACUUUGUAAAUUUUGCACAUCUCGCAUUUCGCACGUUUGGGGAUCGGGUAACGAAAUGGGUCACGUUCAAUGAACCAAACGCUCUGUGCUUCUGGGGCUAUCUUAAAGGGACCUUAGCCCCAGGACGUAGAGGUAUCGAGGAUGGCAAAAGAUGCGUCCACAACGUGUUAAAAUCUCACGCAAAGUCGUACCGUUUGUACGACCGCGUAUUUCGACCCCACCAACAUGGAAAGGUUGGAGUGGUCAUUUUCACCCAAUGGUACGAACCAAAGGAUCCCGGAAACCCUUCGCACGUCAAGUUGGCCGAAUUUGCCGUGCAUAUUGUGUGGGGACUUUUAGCAUCUCCAAUCUUUUUUGGAAAGUAUCCCGAUGAGUAUGAAACAUUUCUGCGACUACUGAGCCAGAAGCAGGGCACCUUGUCGACACCGUUGCAGUUCAGUUUGUCAGAAGCUGCCGAGUUGCGAGGCUCAUGGGAUUUUUGUGGUAUUGCGCACUACACGACAAACCUGGUUGAACCAACAAACCCAAGUCACGAUUCUGGCGGAAUAUCUGAUCCCCUUGGUAUUAAACUAUCCAGCGAUCCAGGAUGGCCGGGUGGUGGAAAUACUUCAUCCAAUUGGGGCUUCUACGUUGUUCCGUGGGGUUUUAGAAAGAUGUUGAACUGGAUAAAAAAGCGGUAUGGGAAUCCACCAAUAUACGUUUUGGAAAAUGGAUAUCAAGCUCACCCGGAGGAUGGCCUAGAGGAUCAUGAUAGAGUGGAAUAUCAUCGGUCUUAUAUCAACGAGAUGCUAAAAGUGGUGCGAAUUGAUGGCGUUAACGUGCAAAUGUACGCGGCAUGGACGCUACUCGACUCUUUCGAAUGGGGCGACGGGUAUACAAUAAACUUUGGCGUAGUAGCCGUAAAUUUUAGCGACCCAGAUAGACAAAGGACGCCAAAACUGUCGGGAUCAUUUCUAAAACAUGUUUUUAUGAAUAACGGAUUUCCGCGGUGAAAAUGUUGUGGUCUUGGGUAAACAUUUAGCAACAGUCUUGAACAAUGACUUAUGAUAGAGUGGCAUAACAAAAAUUGAAUAUGUAUGAUAAUAAAGGUAUGUAACUAAGGUUUAAAAAAUAAGCAA